GCUCAGUCAACUCUCAACCCGUAUUAUGGACCGCGGAUAUCGUGCGCCAGUGUCGUAGAUAUGUUUAAAUCUACUGGAUCUAAAAUCUUGGAAGGAUUGUUUUUGGGCAGGGGUUUCGGUGACUGCUUUGAGUGUACCGUAAAUAUACGAGAUACCGACAUGUCAUUUACCUCCCAAGAUUCUGCUACAGGCCUGGAGAAACUCCCGAGCUGGUUCGGCUGCAUGAUAGUCCGCGUAUUACAGAUAUUCACCUCAUGGGCUAGCAGAGCUAGAUCUUAUCAGAUGGAGAUGAAAUGAGCUUGAGGUGGCACCAACACAUGGCAUGCCCCGCGUAAGAGGGCGGAGACGUUUACGCCCUUUGGCGCAGCCUCGCUCCAUUGAUGCGGGAUCUGUCACCGAGCUGGAUCGUGCAUAAGACCAGGGUUCAGUAUGGCUUCUCUUCAUUCUAGAUCAUCGAUGGAAUGUAUUUUACGUGCACGAUUUGGUGAAUUGGGCGGUGUUGAAAAGGUGUGGUUGCACAUCUUUGCGCAAGCGAGGCUGUGUCUCACCAAUCAGUUUGCAAAACGAAAGGGCAAAUAUAUCCUUCCAGGGGCAUCGGGGCAUUGGAGCAUCAUGCCAAUAGCGGUGCAUUAUUGCGCAGCCAACACUCGCCCCAAUGACUCAAUCCAACCUUGGUUGGAAUGUUGCUAUCUGGCACAUCACGAUCAUGAUAGGGAGAGUCUGCUUGUCACAUCAUUGCUGCCUUAGAAUUCCAAGUUGACGUUCAAGAUGCUGUGGCAGUGAAGCUAGGAUGAUGUAGAAUUUGGACUACAUUUCCUUGUUUUUUAAAGGAGGUUUAUGUUCGAGGCUACGCAGUAAUGAAGGCUCAUGAUGAGUAUAAGUUAUAGGGCUCGCUCCCCUCCAGAAGAUUCGGAGAUAUUGUUCUCAGCCAUGCGAUGCUUGCUAUUGAGUAAAGUCACUUGAAGCAAAACCUUUUCCCAGUCAUGCCUUCGAACGAAGCUCACGUACAGUACGUGCUCCCUCCAAGACAUCAUGGUCAUGAUGAGGACCCCCCGCGUACGAGGCGAGCCAUAAGCAAACGGGUCCCUGCUCACUAUAUCCUAUCUUGGUCGACCCUCAUCCUGGCUAUCACAUGCUACGUCCUCACAUCCCUCUACGCGUGGCACCCUGAAGUAAUCUCCCACGAGAAGAUCUUCGGCGGUUCGCCGUCCAGAGCCCUUCGGGUACUCACCGUCCUGUCUACCCUCGCCAACUGGAUCUUAGCCGCGACCAUCUCGCAAUCUUUUGAUCUCAUGUGGGGAAUGCUCCUCGCUCGUAAAAACGGUUUGUGUCUGUUGAGCGGUCUCGCACUUCAGCCAGGAACAAGUCUGGAUGGCCAAGCUGAGAUCAUCUGUAAGAAACAUCAAGGCGGAAUGAAACCACGCGCCUGGAGUGUAUUCAAAGUUUUGAGUAUGACCAUAAUUCCAAUACUUGGAAUCGUAGUUUUGAGGGAUGUGGAAGCAAUCCCAAUUUUCUAUCAGAAAACAUCCGAUCCGGUGGCGAAAGCAUACAGCGUCGGGGCCUUCAACGCCACCUUAGCUACUAUUCUGCAGCCUCUGACUGAUGGAAGUUUCGGGACGCGAUACAAGGAUUUUCUUUCGGAUCCAGAUCUUGUGAGAGAAGUCAGCACCAAUGCCGACCGAAAAGGAUGCUCGAUUGCUCAUUUCAAUGACACAAAAGUACCCUGUCGGUCAAAGUUUUUGAUCCCUGGAGGUAUUGAACAGUUCGCCCCUCAAAGUUUAAAUGCCGAAGGAUUCUCGGGUUCAGACGAUGUACAGCCAGUGCUCGCCAAAAACCUCCGUGGUCUUUAUCUGGAGUUCGAGCAAAAUAAUGGAUCCGUAACGUUCGACCAGAAAACAGACUGCAUCCGGCAGGGUUAUCGACUCGGGGCAUAUCAGCUAUGUCUGAAAGACGUUGGAGCCAACCAGAUUGCAACUUAUCUGACUCCUUGUCCAAAAUCUCUCGCUGCUAACAUGGCGUGCAUGAGCAAUGCAACAUGGCCAACCGACAAGGGCUGGGGGACCACUCUGUCAACAUACACUCGGCUCGCCAACGUUACUUACAAUGGCUUGAACGGCACCAUAAUGGACCACAAAUUCUCACACGACACUCCUACGCCUGUCCAAAUCGCUGCACCGGAGCUCCUCCAAGUUUUCCAGGUGCUCUUCAGCCCCGCUGAUCCUAACACCAAAUACGGACAAUUCCUUUCUCGUCUAGGCAUUGUUUCAAAUAGACCUGUGGAACCUUUGACUAUUUGGCAAUACUUUCAAGGUCUUACAGAGCGAUCUGAGACCGAUAAGCGGGUGAACAGACAAGCUAUGAUGGGCCUUCAGUCUCUCUUGGCCAUUCCAAUCUACCACUGUCAAGCGAAAGACUUUGCUGAGCUACGACGACUACUUCUUUCGCAGAUUGACAAUUCGCCAAUACUUGAAACGCUAGGAGUUGAAAUCGUCAGCUCGUUUCCUGCGGUGGAGCCAGAUACCGAUAUCUAUCCUGCAAUAAUGAGGUGGACCCUAGACGUUGGCCGGCCCAGUCUUCUCGCUUAUAUUAUUCUCGCUGGGACGACACUGUCCUUGUGCAUUAUGGCCAAUGUCAUGGCAACAUUCACUGAUGUUGGAAGGAGAUCCAAGCACAUGGGGUCAUUUCUUCUUCUUACCCAUUUGUGCGAUUGUGAGACCACGUAUCGAUGUGGAGCACCGUUUGCAGAAGGAACAGAGGUUCCACUGGAGCAUUUCCGCGACUUGGAAGCUGGACAGAGACUAACGAAAGCUGCAAAAAUGCAAGUGAAAAUGACCGAAGGGAAAGCUCAGAACACCUCGGAAGGCUUGAGAUGUGAUGUUAGGCAGGUAGAAGUGCAGAUCGUUGAGCUCACUAGCCGGAAAGAGGUGCAGGAUGGUGAGACUCUGUUUCGGCCGAAGACUACCUAGGCUGGCAUUCGUCAUUGUCUCAAUUUCUAGAGAGGGCUACCAGCUUGAAAAUGCAUUUUCUCGGAGGGUGUCAUUGAAGCUUAAGAACGUUAUCGGCUAUUUUAU